AUGGACAAGCCGGAUAUACUACCUGAACUCAUGAAUUCCAUGGACCUUGGCCUCGAUGGCGACGAUGAUUUUUCAGUAAACGGACGCUCCAAGCGACUCGAGUUCUUCCAAAGCUUGCCAUCCGUGGUGACGCGUACGCUCUUCUCCCACCUCGGCCGGGACCUCAUCAAAUUCGCGCAAACGAGCCGGAAGAACUGGGAACUCGUCUGCACAAGUCGACGCCAGUUUUCCACGGUUAGACUAAUGGGCUGUGACGUCUGUCUAUUGGAGCAUUGCGGGUUUGAACGAAGUCUCCACGAUAAGCGCUUCUGGGGCCCGCUCCUGCACGGCGCUGAAGUCACUACGCUGCACCCAGGUCUUCCCGGCAAUUGUGACUUUCCGGGGCUUCGUGCCGACGUGCUGGCGCUCCAGUGGCCUCACUUUUGGACGGCCGCAGAACUAGAAAGUUACAAGCCGCUGAGCGUCAAAUUCAAAGAGAUCUUGCUAAGCGACCCGACGAGAGAGGAAAUUUCUGAGGACGUGAUCAAUUUUAUACGAGACUCGGCGGAACAGAUCGCCUAUGAAAUUCCGCCAGUCGAGCAAAAGCGAAUGCUUUGCCGACGAUUCAAGAACACGCGCGUGCGAUUCCGCUAUGUCUGGUCGUUUGGUAGGGGUUUCCACGCUUACCAUAAGCGCUUGAUUGACGAAUGGCUGGCCUACAAGCGGGAUCUUUUCUUGAUCACUUCUUGCGCCCAAUGGCGCGACAUCGACAACCAUGCGGAUGAUUGGAAAAAUACCUUCGUUGGAUAUGACGUCCAAUUUAUUGAAAAUCGUCUCGCGGUGAUUACCCGGUCCGACGGGGAAAACCGUGACUUCCGUCCUUCAGAUGGGAGAUUUUCCAUAAAAACCCGCGACUAUCCUGCUUUUUGCUCUGCUCGUAGGGCCGGAUUUCUCGCUUGC